AUGACUAAGGCUAUUGAGAUGGAAAAAUUUCAAAUUGUAAUUACUUUAUUACGUCAAUUGAGGCUAUUUUGCAAAAGCUUGGAUUUAAGAAAUUCUUUUCAUACUCUGCACAAUCUACGAUUAUUUUCAUAUAUUGAAGAACUUGAAUUCAUUGAAAUGCAUGAGAGUUUGGAAAAACUUUUAGACGAAUUUAAAACCCGAUUUUGGAGUCAUAUUCAGGGUAGUGAUAUUGUUGAGGAAGGAGUCUAUGUUGCGAUUAUGGUUGUCGGAAAUAUAUUGUCGGGGAAGCGGUUUAUUUCGGAAAAGUGGUUACCAAAAAAAUGUUGUUGGGAAAUUAUUGUCUAG